GUGACUCACUUUAAUGGAUUCGCUUCAGACAAGAGAAACCUGUAAUUUCUCUUAGGCAUGCUUGACAGACCCACUGUGGGGUGAAUCACAGCCUCACACAAGCCUCGAGGCUGUGGGCUGCUUCGCAGUGGCCAGAUUGGCUUCUCCCUACCAGCAGUUGCUUCUCACUCGGGCCUCCGGGACUCCCUUUCCAAGAGAUAGCGAUGGGUCACUAUCAGUGAAGGGGACUGGAGAGUUUCGGUGUGGCCACGUGAUGGUGGGGCACCAAGGUCCGCAGUUCAGUGCUGACUUUCCUGCCAGGUGACAGUCGGCUUCUGGGCUGCCAGACCUACUUCUUGGAUGCGUUAAAAAUCCUCAUGUGUGAAAAUGAAGCCCCCGGUCACCAUCGUUUGCUGUUUAGUGCUUUUCCUGACUGUGGAAUGUUCUCAAUUCAAAUCCAAGACUCACAGAAAGGAUAGAAAUGAACUUCAGAUGUCUUCAUGGAAGCAUAAGUUGAGUCGGAUGCAAGUUUCAGAUAAAUGUGAUGGAUUUUGCACCCCACCUUCCAACUGUAGCCAGAGCUGUCCUUUGGAUUUCCGUGGAGAAAUAGUAUUCACAUGUAAUCAAGACAAAUGGCAGAAAACAAUAGAAACGUGUACAAGUCUCUCUGUGGAUACCCUGUUUCAGGGCCCAAAUACUGCAGCCAGUCUUUCUGUGGCAUCGUCUUCUGUUUUCCCCAUGAACUUAAUAGGUAGCAAGCUACCACCAGUCCGUAUUGGAAAUGUAUUUCAAGGAAUCCACAAGUACUGCCCUGUGGACUACGUCUGCAUAGUUGAUGCUGUGAAAUCCUCUGAAGUUACCUCUGGAAAUAUUGCAUUCGUAGUAGAGUUAUUAAAAAAUAUUUCUGCAGGCUUGCAAACCUAUAAUGGACCACAUGGUAAUGUGACUCGUGAGAAAAUGAAGAACUAUGGAAAAAUGGCCAACCACAUCCUUAGCAAGGCUGCCAUUUCAAAUUGGGCUUUCAUUCCCAAUAAAAAUGCCAGCUCAGAUUUGUUGCAGUCAGUGAACUCCUUUGCCAAGAAACUCCAAGUCCAGGGUGAAUCCGAGAGCAUUGUCAAUGAACUCUUCAUUCAGACCAAAGGUGCUCGCAUCCAUCACAACACCUCCAAGAACAGUUUCAACCUCUCCAUGCCUAUGGACAAUGACACAGAAGAUGUCUUAGUGCUGAUAGAAAUUCCCAGACAAGCACUACACAAGCUGCCACCCAACGCCUCCCAAGCCAUUGGCACAGCUUUUCCAACCUUGGGGGCCAUUCUCAAAGAAGUCCAUGGGCCAGACGUGAAUCUCUCAAAGCCCAUAAAUAGUCUCAUCCUGUCGCUGGUUUUGCCAGAAGAUCUGAAAGAAAUCAUGCUCACCUUUGAAAAGAUCAAUAAAUCCCAGAGCACUGUCAGCCACUGUGUUGGCUGGCAUUCGGAGAGGAGGCAGUGGGAUGAGAGCCCAUGUAGAAUGGUGUUGGAUUCCAAGGGCACAGUGAAUUGCCACUGUAACUACAACAGAACUGUGAUGUCCUUUUCCAUUCUCAUGUCAUCCAAGCCUGUAAGGGACAAGGUUCUGAACUAUAUCACUUUCAUUGGGAUCAGUGUCUCCAUCUUUAGCUUGGUGCUCUGCCUGGUUGUCGAAGCCGUGGUUUGGUCCAGGGUGGUUGUGACAGAGAUAUCAUACAUGCGGCACGUGUGCAUCGUGAACAUCGCGGUGUCCCUCCUGACAGCGAACGUGUGGUUCAUCAUUGGCUCCAGUGCGAACGUUCAGGAGGACCACAAGUGGUGUGUGGCUGUGACAUUUUUCAGCCACUUUUUUUUCCUCUCUCUGUUUUUCUGGAUGCUCUUCAAAGGGCUGCUCAUAGUCUAUGGGAUACUCAUUGUUUUCCGAAGGAUGAUGACGUCUCGGAUGAUGGCCAUUGGCUUUGUCGUUGGCUAUGGGUGUCCCCUGGUGAUUGCUGUCAUUACAGUUACCGUCACGGAGAUGGGGGAAGGCUACACCAGAAAAGAUGCCUGCUGGCUUAAUUGGAACCAAACCAAAGCCCUUUUGGCAUUUGCUAUCCCAGCCUUGGCCAUUGUGGCUGUGAAUUUCCUCGUGGUUCUGGCAGUCGCUAUUAACACUCAGAGGCCUUUGAUGGGCAGUUCAAAAUCUCAGGAUAUGGCCAUAAUUAUCAGGAUCAGUAAAAAUGUUGCCAUCCUCACCCCGCUGCUGGGACUAACCUGGGGUUUUGGUCUAGUAACCUUGCUAGAAGGCACACACCUGGUGUUCCAUAUCAUCUUUGCCUUGCUCAAUGCUUUCCAGGGCUUUUUCAUCCUGCUCUUUGGCACAGUUAUGGAUCACAAGAUAAGGGAUGCUCUGAGGAUGAGGGUAUCUUCACUGAAGGGGAAAUCGAGGGCAGCAGAGAAGGCAUCCUUAAGUCCAGCCAACGGAUCCAAAGUACUGAAUCGCUGAGACUAAAAUAUUGCCUAUUUCCCAGAGAAGUCUAGCUUGCUGGGAUGGAGAGAUGUUCCAAGAGAAGGAGGAACAGACAUAUCUGGAGUGAAGUGACAUCCUCUCCCAGCCAGGAGCACUGUCUCAGUUGGCCUCAGUUGGAAAACUAGCCGAGGCUCACAGUGAAUGAGUGGGCUUUUAAAAAGACCGACCUGCUAACACGGAUUUGACAAUGACUGACUUUUUGUUCACCUCAUCAAGAUUCACAAUUCAUCUGCAAGGCAUUGCACAGUCUCCUUGGCGAGCCCAUGGCUGGCAGGCAGUCUCUGGAGUUGUCAGCUUUCACUCCUCAGGAUGCCUUGUGGCUCCGGACCCAGACAUCCACCCACUGAGGUGAUCCUGGGUGUCUGGAGGACUCAGGUCAGAUUCAGUGUCGGUGGUAGGGUUGGAGGUCUAAUAUGAAAGAUACUGUAUCUACUUUGUAGUUUGUCCAUGGUUAGUCUCCCCUAAAUAGGAAAGGAACAUUGGGUGGGCGUUCUGUGUGCUUAUUGUUUUAAUCCUUGAGUAAAACAACCUGACCUGUAGGAUCUUAGCGUCUUCAUUUGUAGAACAGACACAAUGUUCUUACAGGUCUUACUAUUUAUAUGUGUAUGUGUUUAUGACUGUUCCUUUGUAAAGAACUGUAAAUACAGAAAAUUUGGGGUAUUAUUUUAGAAAUAAAAAUACGAUACAUUUACUUUC